AUGCUCUCAAAAAUUUAUUUUCGUUUACCAGAUAAUGGCAGAGAGCUUGCAAAUAAACCCUUGGAAGAAGUCGUCGCUCAAUGGCCUGGUUGCAAGAUCGUUCACGGGAAACCGCGCCAUUCGCAGUCACAAAGAAGUGUAGAAAGAGCAAACACGGAUAUCGAGGAUAUCUUGAGCGUUCAUCAAAGAGAAACAAAAACUACCGCGUGUGCCCGAUUUUUGCCCUUGAUUCAAUAUCGUAAAAACAUCAGAUUUCAUUCUGGUAUUGAACGCAGCCCAUAUAAAGAAGAAAGAAAGAAAGUUUUGUCAGACGACGACGAAAUCCCAGCAAAAAGUGCCUACGAGGAGGAGGAGAAAACGCUUCAGGAAGAUAAUUCUACUCGUUACGCCGGUCUACAGCCUGUAAGCUUCAUGGAUUCAAUUGAGAGUGGUGUUGAGAAAUUUCCUGAAUUCGCAAAUCAGGGGAAUAAUGACGCCUACUUUCAACUUGGGAUUGUUAGUCCAGUGCUUGGCGUUCAAAAAGAUGAGGAGCAAGCGGAAAUCGAUUGUCUACACGAUUCGAUUAUGAUAGAAAGACAUGGAGCCCAUUCUGCUCAAAAGAAUCAGGCA